AUGAUCGGCUUCCGGACGUUGGAGGCGGAAGGAGAUACUGCUAACGGGGAUAAGCCAAGGCCACCAUCGAAAAAGCCGAAAGCGAACCACUGGGCUAGAGACGUGAGCGCGUACGACAUUCUUGAGCCGAUCGGAGAGGGCACCUACGGCAAGGUAUGGAAAGCGAAAGAGCCGGGCUGCGACAUCGUCGUCGCAUUGAAGAUGAUCAAGGCUACCGAUAAAGAAGGCAACUCUUGCGAUGGCGGAUUUCCCAUCACUUCCAUCCGGGAAAUCCGUAUUUUGCGAACCCUCACGCAUGACAACAUCGUGGAACUUCUGGAGGUGGUCACGGAUUCGCACGGCAAAGUUGAAGAUGGCAAGCAAGGUGACGUCUACAUGGCGUUUGAGUAUUUGGAGUACGACCUAUGGGCUCUCGCAAAUAGCUCCCAGGUAAAACUCACCGCCACUCACAUCAAGACCUACAUGAAGCAGAUGCUGGACGCCAUCGCCUACAUGCACACUAACAAGGUUAUGCAUCGGGACCUCAAACUGGCCAACAUGCUCAUCGGUGCAGAUGGCAUUCUCAAGGUUGGCGACUGGGGACUGGCCCGUUCGUUCCACGACAACCAGACGAAGCACACCCCCACCGUCAUUACCCUUUGGUACAGACCUCCGGAGGUUUUGCUACGCACCACCAGGUAUGGCCCUGCUGUGGAUAUGUGGUCUGUCGGGUGUAUCCUUGCCGAGCUCCUCUACGAGAGCCCAAUUCUACCAGGAACACAUGAGAAGGAGCAGCUGAACUUGAUAUAUUCGCUGUGUGGCACGCCGACGGAUGAAUCAUGGCCAGAUCGCACGGAGUUGCCGGAUUGGUCCCUAUAUGCCAAUGCUGCGGAAGAGCACAAACCAAGGUCUAUUCAAUCGAAAUUUAGAUUCGACCGACUGGGUGUGGAUUUGGUGGACAAACUUCUCACCCUCGAUCCUUCAAAGCGACUAUCAGCGGCAGAGGCCUUAGACCACCCUUACUUCUGGCAUGAUCCUCGCGUGGUCCAGCCAUCAGAGCUAUCAAAGUUCGCCAUACACUCGUGUCACGAAUUUGAGGUCAAGAAGGUGAAGGAGAAGGAGCGACUACGGCGGAAAGAGGCGGAGGCAAAAGUCCAAGAGGUGAGGGCAGCGGCAGCUAAUCGACCCUCGGAAGCUGAUGCAAAGCCUAGCGACAGGUGGUGACAACACUCCAUGUGCUUGCUUGCUUACUCUCGGGGAGGAAGCUCACGCCGUCGACGAAGGCCCGACUCGACGAAAGACAACGCGGCUGUUGCUGGCUGCUUCAAAAGCGGACUGGACCCGGGGUGUAUGGAUAAUGAGAGGAACUGUAAAUUACACGGGAGUGGCAACGACUUUCAGAGGGACGGUUUGCUCUGGUGAAUCCCUGCUGUCAGUGAAGAACACAGAUACAUCGCAGCCAGCGAGCGUCACCCAGUUGAAGACAGAGAUCGGGGUAGUACAAAGAAUAAGGACAAGAGAACGAUAGAUAGGCUUCUCACGUUAAUCCGUCCAUCCACCAUCUAUCCACACGUAGAAAAUAGAUGUUACUCCCCACCAAGUUUUUUGGCAGGCUGGCCUCUACCCAAGUCAGUUGCGCUAAAAUCAGAUGCAUUCUCUCACACGGUGCAUCUUUGUCCAUCUCCUUGGCCCAUGCCGAUAGUACAUCAGGCGGUUAAUAAAUACCAGUAGUAAUUAACAAACCCUCUUGGCAUUCCUGCGCAACGCACACAUGGUCCCACACACCAUGAGUAACACGGUACAGAUACAUGAGACCGGGCGACCAACGCAGCAGGUCACAGCAGGAGGAUCUGUGCAAAAUAUACCGCUAGCCUAACAGCACACCCGCACUCACACGCGAAAGGUCACGGUGAGAAAGGACACAAUCCGCACAUGACUCAAAUUCUGCAGGUUGUACGGAAAACCGGCACUACCGAAACGCUGAGAUGCAAAGUUGCAACGGUGAUGACGUUGGCCAUGUCCUCUUGCGUCGCCCCUGGGAGACAAGCUACCUAACUAACUCCCGAAGGGCCUUGCACGUGCAUCGAAAUUAGACUUUGACACUUCAAUCUGGCGCUUUCUCUCAGAACCAGGAGGCUCGUCGGUACAUUACAUA